AUGAACAAAGUUCUAGCUGAGAAAUUCCUCAAGUGCAUUACUCAUGAACAAUCCCAGGAUACUGAGCUUACGACUAGGCUAUUGGAGUCUCUUCCUAUAGCACAAUUGGUUGCUAAGGGCCUUGCCAUCAAUCACCUUGCUUUGCAAAACGUUAGAACAGGUUUGGCUGGCAAGCUAUACUUGGAAUUAGGGCCAGAUCCUGCCUUCAGUGCCGACUACCUCCGCGGGGAAGUCAAAAAUGGUGACUUGGUUUUAAUCAAAUCGCCGAGUUCCAAGAAAGACUCGCCAACGUGUGAAGGAGUGGUUACGAAAAGUACUGAUAAACUUCUUACCAUUGCGAUAGAUGAAUCUCAAGAAAACGAAGCCCUCAACCUGUAUAACAGCUCUCGGCUCUACCUGUUGAAAACGACAAAUACCAUAACUUAUAAGCGCAUGCAAUCCACCAUGCGAAAGCUUUGUGAAUUCGACGCUACCCCAAACAACGACAUUAUCCAGUACUUGAUAGGUACUCCAGAGUUCAUAGCACAAAAUCAAAAGCUAAACACGAAGUUCUUCAACGAGAGCCUCAACGCCUCUCAGAAAAAGGCAAUCGAUUUUUCUUUGCAAAACAAGAUGAGCAUUAUUCAUGGUCCUCCGGGAACUGGUAAAACACAUACGUUGGUUGAGCUUAUUCGCCAACUUUACAGUCAAGGGCAACGUGUUUUAGUAUGUGGUCCUUCAAACAUUUCAGUUGACACAAUUUUAGAACGUUUAGCAGUCGUUUUACCUAACGAGCACCUUCUGAGAAUCGGGCAUCCAGCUCGCCUUUUGGAAAGAAAUCUGGCACACUCUCUAGAGGUUCUGUCGAAGACUGGUGAUGCAGGUGCCAUUGUUAGAGAUAUUUCUAAAGAAAUUGAUGAAACUAUUGCUAAAGUCAAGAAGCUGAAAUCUUUCAAGGACAGGAGAGAAAGUUGGAAAGAGGUUAAAGAGUUGCGCAAGGAGCUGAGGCUGCGAGAAAGGAAGGUUAUUGCUGAUCUUAUACUCUCUGCCCGUGUUAUAGUUUCUACGCUUCACGGUUCGAGUGCUAGAGAGCUCGUCAAUUGCUACUCGCACACAGACCAUUUAUUUGAUACUCUGGUAAUCGACGAAGUUUCUCAAAGUUUAGAGCCCCAGUGUUGGAUUCCACUGAUAUCUCAUUACAAGUCUAACAUACAAAAGCUGGUCUUAGCUGGUGACGACAAACAGCUACCACCAACUAUAAAGACAGAAAACAAUGAGGACGUCAAGGAAACAUUGAGCAGAACUUUGUUUGAUCGGCUGCUGCAAAAAUACGGGGACAGCUUCCGAAAUUUAUUGGAUACUCAAUACCGAAUGAACACAAGCAUAAUGGAAUUCUCUUCGCAAGAGAUGUAUGGCGGUAAAUUGAAGGCUGCUGAAUCUGUUGCUCGCUGGACUCUCGCAGAUUUACCUACUGCUGAAUGUAAUGAUGAGACGGAGGCCCCGUUAAUUUGGUACGACACUCAGGCAGGUGAUUUUCCAGAGAAAGAUGAAGAUCAAGAUGGUGCCAGUCUAACUUCCUCAAAGUUAAACGAAAAUGAAGCUCACCUCGCUCUUUUUCAUGUAUCAAACUUAAUCUCCAGCAACGUCCCUCAAAACGCAGUGGGCAUUAUCUCUCCUUACAGCGCACAAGUUUCAUUCUUAAAGAAAACUAUUCAUACUAAGUAUCCGUCGGUGGAGAUCGCAACUGUAGAUGGCUUCCAAGGUCGUGAGAAAGAAGUAAUCGUUUUGUCACUGGUAAGAAGCAAUGACAGCUUCGAGGUUGGAUUCUUAUCAGAUGAGCGCCGUCUUAACGUGGCUAUGACGAGACCAAAGAAACAAUUGUGCGUCAUUGGCAACAUGGAGACUUUAGAACGCAGUAAAGUUAAGUUCUUGAAAGAUUGGGUUCGGUGGUCCGAAGAAAACAGCGAAGUUAGGUACCCUGAUCUCAGCGACAUUUUAUAA